AUGAACAUGCUUGAACAGUGGCUUCAACAUGAAUACGCUCCUCCUACAGUGGACAACAAGGUCUUCAAGCUACCUCUGGUCCCAGAGCCAGCAAAGCCUAAACAGUUCCCUUACCGUGAUAGACAGGAUAUCGAGAUCAUCCUUCGUGGCGGGAAGUCGGGCCAGUACGCUCGACUUUGCAAGGAAAACGCGGAUCUCGAAGUCUCAUUCAAUCCAACUGAUGGCAACUUUACAAUAACUGAACGCGUUCAGGACCCGCAGGAGCCAUGUCACUAUCUAGAAGUGAUCGUUCAUCUCAACUGCAGGAACUCAGAGCUGCUAGAUAUAAAACAGUUCUCUGAAACUACACUCCUCAUAGCAUUUGCCGUCGCGGAUGGGAAGCGUCCUUGGAUGGAGUAUCGCCAGUCUGGAUUCCAAAGUGCCCGCCUACCAAGUCUACUUAGCCAAGCUAUCAAAGCAAAAUGGCCGAUCAGCUAUAUCAAGGUCCUUCUUCCACUUUCAAAACAUCCCCGUAGCUGGACCGCGGUUCUCACUCUUAUGACCUUCAAAGGGGUCGAUAGAAAGGAUUUGAAGGAGGUAGAGGACCUAUACAAGGCGGUGGAACGAUGCCAGAAUGAACUGUUCGGUAUCAGUCAGCGGCCCGCGCGUGCUGGCUCACUGAAGGAUUUGAUUGAUGAGGAAGAGGCAAUUCGCAAACAUAUCAAGUUAAUGAACCCAAAGACUAGGGCAGUGUGGAUAAAGCAUUACGAACAGCUGGUUGAUGAUAUUGCUAUUGCUCAGAAGCGAACCAUGUGGUUGAAAGAGUCAGACAGGUUGGCAAGAGAGCAAGAGGUCGUUUACGAGAAGGUUGAACUUGACAACUAA